AUGGCGCUUUUGCUGGCCUCACCACUCCACUUCCGCUCAGCUCGCUUUGUGGAUGUGAGGUCACAUGCUGGACACAGCUCAGGAUUUCAGAACCAUCCCCUUUCGUCCCAUCGACCAGAGGUUAAGCUUUGGCGACACCAGGCCUUUCCGGCCGCCCUCGCUGUAGGACUUGGUCGCACAGGCCGCAGAGCUUACGAACCGUUUGGAGGCAUCUAUGCCCGUGAGUAUGCUUUGCGGCGUGGCUCGCCAUUGAAACCAGAGCAGAGUUGGAUCUUCUUUCCAGCUCUGGCAUUCGCCUUGACCAUCGCUUGGCAGGUCUUUCACAACUGGACCCGCAGCCUCAUAGCUCUGCUGAUUAUCUCCUUCUUGGCGCAGUGCUAUAUGCCCGAGUGGGAGGAGACGCGUUGGGUCAAAGGACUUUGCUAUCACGGAGAUAUCCAGUGA